CUUCAACAUUGAUAUCAGUCACGUGUAACACUAAGCCCAAAAAGGCAAAGGAUCAAUAAUGACGCGUGCUCGGUCCAACCCAAACUUCUUUCCAACAAACUAAACUCAUCAACCGCGUAGCGAGUCACUUGAUGUCGGAGUUGUCCUUCUUCUUGUUGUACUCGUACCACCAAACACGACAUCACCACACCUGAACCAAUAUUUUUCUCACGACAUCUAGCCCUCAUGAUGAAGCACGACUGACCGCCACUCUCAUCCUCUCCAAACGGUGUGGCACCAUCUCCCCUCUUAUCCGCUCACCCCCUCCAACCUCCAUCUCUAUCUCCCUGUCAACCCACCAAACAUGAUUACCCACGAGCAAAGCAUCCUCGAAGGCCCCGAGACCCCCGCUCCGGUCUUUGCAUAUCGCGCCUUCAAGUCAUAUUUCCUCGGCUCACCGUCACCUGAAUCAUCACCUGAUCGACAUCCACGUCUAGCGGAGAAAGAAAACAUACCCAUGGCGAAGUCAUCAUCGUCAAUCCCAAAGCCAGACCCUGCCAAAAUUCUAAGCGUUACCACCCAUAAGCGUGACACGACCAGUUUCAAGGCAGUAGGCAAUGGCCUGGUUUCGCCGGCGAAAGGCAUCUUGAAGACACCGGGGUCGGUGCAAUCGCCGUAUAAGAACCGUAGUGUCAAGUUUGAUAGAAUCAGUCCGGACACUUUGGAAAGCGAGGAUCUGAGAAAAGGUUCUCUUUUCGGCAGACGCGACAGUGAGGCAAUUCAAUCGGCAUCAAAGAACGAUACACAGUUGUUAUCUGCGGUCGCCAGAGAUGUUCCUACGUCUCAACCCGCCAAUAAGCGACAUAGCAGCUCAUCAGUCCCAUCCUCGUCAAAACCCACGUCCACAGCCACUUUACGUCGAGCCUCUACUCCAGUCAGUAGUUCGACCAGAGGAGGACACGACAACAGACUACAGCCCUCAAACACUCCACUACUGACUCCCCACUCGCCAAUUGCUGAUCCCUCGACCGUUCCUUAUUCAACGUUUCUACGUUUCAAAGAGACGACUGAGCAAGAAACCAAGAAGUUGAUUCGCUAUAAUCGCAAGAUGCGCGACUAUGCACGCGAUCGAGAUGCCGAAUGCAGCGAUGCACGCAUGACGAUUCAGAAAUUGCAGAUGGAAAAUGAAACGCUGAAAACGGCCAAUGCAAGGUUGAAGCAGGAUGCGAGACGACAUAUGGAGUCGAGUGCUGGUCAUAUUGAUCGAAGCGAGGGAGAAGUGGCGAUUGAAAAUAUCGAGCUUAAGCAGCGGACUUUGGACCUGGAAGAACGAGAAAGAGUGUUGAAGUUGGAAUUGAAGAAGGUCAAAACAAAAGCCAAAGAGCUAGAACGACUGUUGGGAACUCAUAGUCAAGCACAACACGAACAGCGAUCUCAAAGUUCCAAAGCGGAAGUCCAUGCUCCGAACAACAAGUCGAGAGGACAACCUGAGCAUAAGCGAGAGAAAAGCACCCCGUCAGCCAAAGAUGAGCAUAUCGAGUUAGAUGUCAACGAUGGUCAUCACGUUGAAGCCGAGUAUUUUCAACACCACGAAAAAAGUCCCGCAGCGACGACCAUCCCUCGACCUCACUCCUAUUCCUACUCCCACAGCCAAUCCUAUUCUCAUUCGCAAUCUCACCACCGAGCCAGCGCUCCACGUCCUCAAAGCUACUCUCACCAACCAUGCGUGUCAUCAUCAUCCCACCAGCAGCCUAAAGAACCAACUUCCACCUCCACCACGACAAAUACACCCAAGCCCAACACUCUCAAGCCAACAGCCACCGGUAAUACCAACAUGGACGCAUCACGAGCAGCAGCAGCAAGAGAACGACUAAGACUACGAUCAGAGAAUCGCAAGAUCAGUAACGCUGGUAGCACGGACGUUGGGAUUGACCAAAGGGAAGGACUACGAGACAAAGACAAAGACCGAGAUCGAGAGAGUCAACUCGAUUGGGAGAAUUUGUAGCCAGAUUCAUAGGAGUCGAUUAUUGAUCAUCGUUCUGUCACGCGUCAUUGUGAUUUGCUAUACAUGAAAGAG